CUCACUGAGCCAUUCAGACUUACAUCAAACGUCUUCUCGUUGGUUUCCGUCUCACAUCUCACUCGGUAAUGAGGGUGUCCAGUCCCAGAUCAACCCACCUUGCGGUUAGAGAGGUUAAACUGGCAGAGGACCCACCCAAAUAUGUAGCUCCGAGAGAUCUGAUCUGCACAGACAGUAACUCCAACACCCAGCCCUGAACAGCCAGACAGUGAGAGGAGGUCCAUUCAUGGACUGUCAGAUGUAACAACAAACGCUUGCCACCACUCGGAGAAGUGCUAUCAACGAUCUUGGGUCUAGAGGAGAACCAAGAGUCAGCAGCAUGAAGUCUAGUCCAUGGUCUUCUUUCUCAUCAACCACCAAGAAAAGACUAAGCAGACACGGGAGGCACACAACAUAUCUGUAUGGCGGGGAUGUCCCAGCGAGGUCCAGAGUGCGAAGGUCCAGGCUGGAGUGAAACCAAUUCGGCUUGUUUUUUUUUCACUCGCAGUUUCCAGUAAACUCACCGCAAUAACUUCUACCUUCACUGCGAGGGUCUUUGUCUUAGCUUGAUGUCUUUUUAUGAGGAUUUUGGAGUGUUUUCAGACAUGGCUGUAACCAGUUACUAGGAAUCUGACAUCAGCAGAAGACCUGGAAGGACAGGUGAGGUCUGAAUCUCCAAGUUUAAAGUGCAUGCCUUCUGCCUCUCAAGAUAUGGAGUGCCUGUUCAGAAGGAGAAGGUUUCUAAAAACAUGUAUAAGUUUGUCUGUAUUUUGUGUCACGCUGGUAACAAUACAUAAACUUAAACUGGUGGAAGACUCAAGGAUCAUGAGUGACUGGUUGCUAGCUGAAAACAACUCCUACAAGAGAAGUUUCCAUGCAACCAGUGGCUACUCUUCUAAGAAAGAGGACCCUGGACAUGGUCCAGGUGGGACUCAUUUGUCACCUGCAAGGUGGGACAUCAACGAGACCAAUUGCCCAGAAAACCGUCCUCUAAGGAGUCAACCCUGGUUCAGAAAUGUGGACCCUAGGUUUCACCAAUUUAUCUUGCACAGACACUGCAGGUAUUUCCCACUUUUAUUGGACCACCCUGAAAAGUGCCAAGGAGACAUCCACCUUCUUAUUGUGGUGAAGUCUAUAAUUGAGCAACAUGAUAGAAGAGAUGCUGUGAGGAAGACAUGGGGUAAGGAAAUGGUGGUAGAUGGAAAGAAAAUUAGAACUUUGUUUCUGCUGGGUACCACAUCACUUGGGAAAGAUCACAGGAACCUCCAGAGACUGAUUGAGCAAGAAGACCAGAUAUAUGGGGACAUUCUUCAAUGGGAUUUCAUGGACACCUUUUUCAAUCUAACUCUUAAGGAAGUUAACUUCUUAAAGUGGUUCAACAUUUAUUGCCCUAAAGUUGAAUUUAUCUUCAAGGGAGAUGAUGACAUUUUCAUGAAUACUAAAAAUGUAUUAGACUUUUUGGACUUCAAAAUAGGAGACCCUCUCCUGCCCAGCUUAUUUGUGGGAGAUAUUAUUUCUAGAGCUGUACCUAUUAGGAACAAACAAAGUAAAUAUUUUAUCCCCAAAGAGUUGUAUGAUAAACCAUACCCUAUCUAUGCUGGAGGGGGUGGGUUUUUAAUGGCCUCUACUUUGGCCAGAAGAUUGUUUACAGCUUCUGAGAAGAUACAGCUAUUUCCUAUUGAUGAUGUAUUUUUGGGGUUGUGCCUGAGUAGCAUAGGUGUGCAGCCUAAGGCUCAUCCAGGAAUAAGGACAUUUGGAAUAAGCAAAAGGAGGUCUAGUGCCAUGAAUAAGGACCCCUGUUUCUAUAAGAGCUUGUUGGUGGUGCAUAAAAUGAGCUCAGAAGACUUGCUAAAUAUGUGGAAUGUUGUCCAUGGAACAAAUAUCACUUGUGCUAAAAGUGUUCAUUUAUAGAAAAAACAAAAUCACCCAGUGUCAAGAAGAACAUUUGGAAAGACGAAAAAGAAAAAGGUUAUUUAAAUAACAAUAAGAUAAAGAAAAGCAAGGCAUAUCUCCCCCUUCUGCCCCCCC